GGCCCCGGGACGACCGAGGCGAUGGCGUCUUCGACCCCUUCUUCAUCGGCUACCUCCUCCAACGCCGGAGCGGACCCCAAUACUACCAACCUGCGUCCCACAACGUAUGACACCUGGUGUGGCGUGGCCCACGGAUGCACCAAAAAACUGGGGCUCAAGAUCUGCGGCUUCUUGCAAAGGACCAACAGCCUGGAAGAGAAGAGCCGGCUUGUGAGCGCCUUCAAGGACAGGCAGGCCUCCAAGAACCUGAUUUCCUGCGAGAACAGCGACAGGGAUGGCCACUUCAGGCGCACGGAGACCGAUUUCUCCAACCUGUUUGCUCGAGAUCUGCUUCCAGCUAAGAAUGGGGAGGAGCAAACUGUGCAAUUCCUACUGGAGGUGGUGGACAUACUCCUCAACUAUGUCCGUAAGACAUUUGAUCGCUCCACCAAGGUGCUGGACUUCCAUCACCCACACCAGCUGCUGGAAGGCAUGGAGGGCUUCAACUUGGAGCUCUCUGACCAACCUGAGUCCCUGGAGCAGAUUCUGGUUGACUGCAGAGACACCCUGAAGUACGGGGUCCGCACAGGUCAUCCUCGAUUUUUCAAUCAGCUCUCCACUGGACUGGAUAUCAUUGGAUUAGCUGGUGAAUGGCUGACAUCAACUGCCAAUACCAAUAUGUUUACUUAUGAAAUUGCUCCAGUGUUUGUCCUCAUGGAGCAAAUAACGCUUAAGAAGAUGAGAGAGAUAGUUGGAUGGUCAAAUAAAGAUGGUGAUGGGAUAUUUUCUCCUGGGGGAGCCAUAUCCAACAUGUACAGCAUCAUGGCAGCGCGAUACAAGUUCUUCCCAGAAGUUAAGACAAAGGGCAUGGCAGCCGUGCCCAACCUGGUCCUCUUCACCUCAGAACAUAGUCACUACUCCAUAAAAAAGGCUGGGGCUGCACUUGGCUUUGGAACCGACAACGUGAUUUUGAUAAAGUGCAAUGAAAGGGGGAAGAUAAUUCCUGCUGAUUUAGAGGCAAAAAUUCUUGAAGCCAAGCAAAAGGGAUAUGUUCCUCUUUAUGUCAAUGCAACUGCUGGCACGACUGUUUAUGGAGCCUUUGAUCCGAUACAGGAGAUUGCAGAUAUAUGUGAGAAAUAUAACCUUUGGCUGCAUGUCGAUGCUGCCUGGGGCGGUGGGCUGCUCAUGUCCAGGAAGCACCGUCAUAAACUCAGUGGCAUAGAAAGGGCCAGCUCGGUGACCUGGAACCCGCACAAGAUGAUGGGCGUGCUGCUGCAGUGCUCCGCCAUUCUCGUCAAGGAGAAGGGGAUACUCCAAGGAUGCAACCAGAUGUGUGCCGGCUACCUCUUCCAGCCAGACAAGCAAUAUGAUGUCUCCUAUGACACUGGGGACAAGGCAAUUCAGUGUGGCCGUCACGUGGACAUUUUCAAGUUCUGGCUGAUGUGGAAAGCCAAGGGAACAGUGGGAUUUGAAAACCAGAUCAACAAGUGCUUGGAACUGGCUGAAUACCUCUAUGCCAAAAUUAAAAACAGAGACGAAUUUGAGAUGGUUUUCAGUGGUGAGCCUGAGCACACAAAUGUCUGUUUCUGGUACAUUCCACAAAGCCUCCGGAGCAUGCCCGACAGCCCUGAGCGACGGGAAAGACUCCACAAGGUGGCUCCCAAAAUCAAAGCCCUGAUGAUGGAGUCUGGCACGACCAUGGUUGGCUACCAGCCUCAGGGGGACAAGGCCAACUUCUUCCGGAUGGUCAUCUCGAACCCGGCCGCCACGCAGUCUGACAUCGACUUCCUCAUUGAGGAGAUAGAGAGACUGGGCCAGGACCUGUAA